AUGAAAUCAGACUCUUUGGCAAAUUAUCAAAUCAAGAACCCAAUAGGUCGUGGAGCAGGUAGUUUUGUGUGUAAAAUUGUCAACCGUUUAACUAAAGUAGAAAUGGCUGCCAAGAUCAUACAAAAAACUGUAUAGAAUGCGCAAAAAAUAUAAAAUGAAGUUACUAUUCAUUAAGAAUUACAUCAUAAGAAUAUAGUGCAUCUAAUAGACAUAUUUGAAGAUGCUGAUAACAGUUAUCUCAUAAUGGAAUUAUGUGAUUCAGAUAUCUAUUAGUUGGUAAAAAAGGAACCAUUCACCGAAUAAUAAAUACGAUAUUAUGGCAGAGAAUUGGCAGAAGGCUUAAAGUAUUUACAUACUCACAAUAUAAUCCACAGAGAUAUCAAAUUAGGUAACUUAUUGAUCUAAAAUGAUACCCUUAAAAUUGCAGAUUUUGGAUUGGCUGUAAAAUUAAACAACGAUGAAGAAGAGAGAAACACUCUAUGUGGAACUCCUAAUUAUAUAAGUCCUGAAAUCAUAAACCAAUAACCUUAUGGAAAGAAAGUGGAUUUGUGGAGUAUGGGAUGUUGCUUAUAUGCUAUGGCUAAAGGACAUGGACCCUUUGAAGAAAAGAAUGCUCCUUUGGGUGAAGUUUUGAGAAGAGUCAAAAUUGGCGAUUUCGACUUACCCAAAGAUUUCAGUGAGGUCUUUAAAGAUCUAAUAAUCAAUUUAUUAAAUUUGGAUGCCGAUUAAAGAUACUCUAUUGAAAAGAUAAUGAAACAUCCUUUUUUUAUUGAAUCUAUCCCACCUAAGGUUUAGAGUAGGAAUCAAUCUAGUUCAUAAAUUAAGUAACUUCUAGAUUUGAGUCCUUUUGUAAAACAACAAUAACAUAGAUCUACUUGUUCGAUGAUUGGAUUGGAGAAAUAAUAAAUUGUAGCUUCUUUUAUAUAGAAAUAAUAACAAUUAGGAGGAAAGAAGCUCUUAUUUGGUUAAACUACCAAUAGCAAAGGAGGGUUAAAAUAAAAUUAUCACCUGGAGAAUGUUCCUCGAUUUUUCUUGCCUUAAGAAUCUCAUUCUAAUAACACAAGCUGUAAUCAUUACAAUAAAGAAAACAUUUACAAAGAAAACUGCAAUAAGGAAAACAUAAGAGACAACAGUGUCAAACUAAUAAAACAUAAUUCUUCAACCAUUAAUGUUUAUAAUGAAUCUCCGAUAAAAUUAGGGGAUUUAAAACAAUGUAAGUUAUAGACAAAGAAUGGAUUAUUGUAAAUACAUGAAGAUGGCAGAUUUUAAAUGGAUGUAUGCAAUAAAGAUUUAAACUUUAUUAUUUAACCAAAUGGAUAAGAAGUUUUGGUUCAAAAAAAGGGGUAAAAACCAAAACAAUAUAGAUUAAAUGAACUACCUUAAAAACUGUAGAAGUUUUAUACUUAUUCAAAACAAGUUUGUAAUGCAAUCAGGGAAAGGAAUUAAAAACAAAGGAUUAAUAAUGAACAUGGAAAUUUUGCUUUGAAAAACACAAAAUUAGGAUAAUGUUUUGAAGGAUACAUAGCAUAGUCUAAAAUAAAAAUUUAACACAUAUUGAAUUCAGAUACAAUAAAAUUGUAAAUGUAAAAUGGAUCUAUCAAAUCUAUAAACAUAAAUGAAUUUCAUGAGUUAUCUACUUAAGCUAGAAUGGAUCCUAGUGAGGUUUAUUCAAUAAAAAUAGCUCUCAAGUAUUUACCUCAAUGUUAAUAAUGA